UGUUUUUCCUUUAAGUGCGAGUACAUUUAACAGAUCUUUCGCCUUAUCCUUCCAGUUCCAGACCAUCAGCUAAUUACGUUUGGGGUUCUGCUUUCAGACAAUGCGUUUUCGUGCGAAUGAUUCCGAUUCAAUGGAAUGUGUGAAAAAAUCUAGAGCUUCUAGAUCCAGGCCUACUAAAACCAACCGGAACCAAAUGAGAAAAUUGGCAUCUGUGGAUAGCGGUAACAUUUACGGCAAAGAGCGCGACCGUACAGCACCACUAUCCUGUAUUUACGUUGUAUUCGGUGCUUUCAUAAUCCUUUUAAUCAGUUGCAUUAUUGUUACAUCGAUUUCCACUGACGUGCGGCAACAAUUUGUUGAGAAUUACCACGAAGUUGUUAGUCAAUUGUCCCGUGAGUCAAUCAACAGGUGUGUACAAAAUAGCCAAGAUUUUAACGCUUUGGAUGUAGAGAUUAGGAAAAACAUAGUCGGUCAAGCUUAUGCUUACAACGAAAUUGUUCAAUGGCUUCGAGAUGCGCGCAUCUUCUCGUAUAGGCUUAUAGUGUUUCUAGGCAGUACCGGAGUUGGUAAAACAUUAACAGCAAAACUUAUUAUCAAUAAUUACCCGUGGCGUGCAAACACCUUUUACAUAUCGUGGAAGGAUCGUCAAUCACAAACGGCACAAUACGCUGUGUUUCAAGGCAUCUUGUUCAAACUGCGACAAGCAAGCUACUCCGGAAGUCUGUGCGGAAACUAUUUAAUCGUAAUUGAUAACUUGCACACGAACGAUAUCUCUGUACUCGUCAAAAUAAUCGCUCGUAUCCGUGGGAUGAGCGAAAAACAUCAAAUUAAUUUGGAUAUAGUGCUCGUAUUUCAGGGCUCAGCGAACCUGUCGCACUCGUUAAUGGAGAAAACUAUACCCGAGGCCAAAGUAGUUGAGUUUAGUGCAUUAAGUAGAAAACAUUUAAAUGAAUGCAUCCAAAGAGAGGCAUCAGUUAUCGGGCUCGAUGUUGAAAAGACGAAGUCUCUGAUUGAUGCAGUGGCGAAACAGAUAAAUGUUUCACAAUACGGCUGCAAACCAGUACGACCAAAGCUCAUUUUGUUCUCGCAACUUUGAUCCGUAGAAUAUCACUCUAAUACUUAUCGCUCGAAUUUAAAAACAUGAACAUCGCACAGCAUUUUGUAAAUUUUACGUAUGGAAAACAUAAUUAUAAAUACGGUUCAGUCCGUUCUCCUAAGAAUUACACAAAAAGGUGUGAAGCAAAACAAACACAAUGAUUGAAAGCGAGUGACCGACCUAUAAGAAGGAAAUAUCACAUGACCACCAAACGAAAAGUAAUUAGUCCGUACCUUUUCGAGUGCCGCCAGUACCGUAUCGGGCAUAUGAUCUUGAAUCAUAACUGGUGAGAUGAGCACUUCAUCGAAGUCUUUAUUGUCGGCCCAGAUAGCUUGAUAAACC